AUGCAUGGACCAAUUUUGCCCCACUCGGUCACUGACUUUGCCCUCCCUGGCUUCUGCCCCAAAGAGGCUCCUCCGGCUCCCCUUGUCAUCAAUGCAACUGCCGCAAAUGGCCUGGAACUUGACACAAUGGCUCCUGCUGCUGGCUCUGUUCUCACUGCUGGCCCCUCCUCCGCUGCUGGCCCGUCUUUUGACGCCAGCUCUGGCUCCAGCUCUAGCCCUGCUGCUAGCCCUGCUCCUGCCACCAGUUCACUGCCUACGUGUACCACACAUGCCGCUGCCGGUUUGACAUCCACACGCACCACACACACUGCACGCACCGCGCCUAGUGCAACACCCGCACGCACCACACCUGGUGUAACGCCCACACACACCGCGCCUGGUGCAAAGUCUGCACGUGCUCCCUCUGCUCCCACGGGCCCUGCUCCUGCUCCCAUGCCUGCCGCUCCUGCAGCCAUUCCCACGUUCAGCAUGGAUCCACCUGUCACUGGUGAGAACCACAAGGCUGGGCUGAAUGGCUUCUCUGCCACCGUCUACUGGCCAGCAGUUCCACACCGCUUUAUUCAAAUGCUUCGUGACACCCCUCCGACAGCACCAUUUGUGUCGUCAAGACCACCACCAUCUUCUUCUUCGCAGCCAACCACAUCACUGCCAUGGCCUACAUCACCGCCACCGUUCGCACCACCAUCGUCCCCCCAUUCUCCAAGCAGUCGCCCGGUCCCCUCAUCAUGGCCACCGCCACCAUCCACUUGCCCUGCAUCGAGUGCACAGGAUGUGCUCUACGGCUUCGAUAUGUUUGGCCAUUCUUGCCGAUGCCCUCUUCCAACUGCCGAGCACUUGGCAUCUAGGAGCUGGGCUCCAUCGGUGAGCAAUUUGGGCACUUUUGGCCCCUCAUCCCUACUGCUCAACCCUGUCCCACUGCAGGACGUUUCUACACUGCCUCCCUCGACUAUUUUGGCACCAUCACCUUCCUCCCUGUCUCCAUCGUGGGUCUUUGUAGGCAAGCCACAAGUUGACAUCUGGGUCUAUGCUGUUAUACGUGGCAUUAGGCCUGGCAUCUACAAUGACCAGUAA